AUGUUUUGGUUCAAGGCCAACUCGCUUAACCCGCCUGUCACUGGUGAACGACAUGCCAAGUACAACACCACAGACGCUUUCGAUACAGACACCACCCGAAUCCCUGGUAGUACCAGCCGAACAGGAGUUAGGAAGUAUGAUCCGCCUGUCAAUGCGACCUGUAACUCCCUAGAUUGCGACUUAUAUCCUACGCCGACUGCAUCUCCCUCCAAUGAACCGGAAGCCCACCGGCAGAUUGUCCUUGAUCCAUACGAGUUGCCAAGUCUUCGUCCUGAUUUUUUGGAACAAGCGGACCUGGUAGCCUUGCGUUGUUCGAGAGCCCAGGAUACAAAUCCCAAGAGGUGUUAUAGAUGUAUGAUCGCUUUCGACCAUGGAGAGGAUCAGCUGCAAACCCGUGUGCAGAUGGACGAGGAUGAAGAGAUUGAGUAUCUCAAGAAAGAAAUGCGCCGAAUGAAGCAAGAGACCGUGAUAUCCUCUCAGAACGUAUUGCGACUGGCCCGCGAGAUCGAAGAGAAAGCGGCAAGUCUGUUACGCAAGGUGUCUUCCACAUCUGCUCCUCCCAUAUCCAAUGGUCCUCGCACUCGCAGGCAGAUCACCUUGGAUCCGUACCGCUUGCUGGAUCGCCACGAUCCAUACGACCAAAACCGAGCAGAGCUAUCAGGAGCCUUGGACAUGGAGGCCCAGGUGGCACGUGCCGUUAGUCGCUAUAACAGAUCUGUGCCUCGGGUCCACAACGCAAACGAUCAGCUGCUGUCCCAGGCUCAGAAGAUGUCGGACAAAGAAAUCGAAGCGAUGAAGAAAGACAUAAGGAGGAUGAAGCAGGAGACCGUGCAAUUGUCGCGUGACGCUUUGCGAUCGGCUCGCGAGAUUGAAGAGGAUGCAAGAAUCACCAUGUUCAUGCUAGGCGAUCGGAUUGAGAAACUCGUCGACAUUAGCCGUUUAUCUGGCCCUCCGGACCCGUUCCUGCGUCGUGUUCGUCAGUCCGAGCCCGCCAUCUGCGAGAUUACCGACAAGGAGAAUGAGCGCCAUGAGGGAGAUUCUUUGUACAUCGGGUUUUGUAAGAGUAUGCAACAUGUAUGGCAGAUGCAGAGGUUGGCUCGUUCCGACUUGUUGUAG